AUGGGUUAUAUACCAAAGAUAAUUCUUCCACCCACUCCUAGUGCCGCUGAUCUACUUCGUACAUAUAAACUACCAGCACUGCGAAGAUUUGCACAAAAUUUUCUAUUAGAUCCUCGUGCAACUAGUAAAUUUGUUGCGUGUGCAGGCAAUAUUGAAAAUAAAUUCGUUAUCGAAGUUGGACCAGGACCGGGUGGGAUAACGAGGAAAUUAUUCGAACAUGGUGCAGGAAAAGUAGCAGCUAUUGAAAAAGAUAUUCGAUUGUUUCCGGCAUUACAAACAUUAGCGAAUGCGGUCGAUUCACGGCUCCGACUUUAUCUCGGUGAUAUCCUGGAUUUCAAUAUUGAAUCAGUCAUUCCUGAAGAAAUAACAACUCAACAUGGGUCAUGGGAAUCCGAUGAAUCUUCUUCGUCGUCGCCGAUUCAUCUCGUUGGUAAUCUUCCUUUCAAUAUUGCUAUUCCACUUCUCAUACGUUGGUUGAAACAAGUAUCGACUCGGUCAGGUCCAUUUGCCUACGGUUAUCGAAUUCCGAUCACAAUCUGCAUGCAAGAAGCAGUGGCCGGUCGGAUUGUAUCUGAUGCAUUGUUAGAUCAGCGUGGUCGUCUAUCGAUUAUUUUUCAAAACUGGUUCGAUUGCCGAAUAAAACAUGUGUUCUCCGGUCGAGCGUUCGUUCCAGCUGCCAACGUAAACGUCGCUGUGAUGCAAUUGAUUCCACUAAAGCGACCCGAAGUUGAUGUUACUUUUGAUCAUUUGGAUAAAGUUACUCGAGCUGCGUUCCACACUAGAAACAAGAAGAUGUCGAUUACAAUGGCAUCUCUCUUCCCGGAAGAGACACGCGAGGAAAAUACGAAAGAAUUGUUAGGACGUGCUCAUUUAAAGUCAGAUGCAAUGUGCUUAGCCUUAUCUGUGGAAGAAUUCGGUCGACUGGCACAGAUCUACGCUGAUAUCAUUAGUCGACCUCGGCCGAUUCAUGAACAAUUAGAUCGAAAGAUUAACACUGAAGAACUAACAUUUGAAUUAGGUGAAACUUUUAGAACUCGAAUGAAUUACCAAUCUAAUCGAUCGUCAUUCUCCAUACAACCAUACAAGUCACAAGCAUGGACACAUAUCAAACUCCUGGGCACAGGUACUUUUGGUUAUGUUGAUCACGUUCGUCAUCCAAAAGAACAUACGAGAGAGUAUGCUCGUAAAACAAUAAAAUAUAAUGAGAAAUUGGAUGCGAAUGGGGAUAUAUCUGCGACAGCUAUUCGAGAAAUCUCGAUUUUGAAAACACUCGAUCAUCCAAAUAUUAUCAAACUUAGCCAUGUGGAAUAUAAUUUAGAGAAGAAAGAUUUUCUUUCAUUUUUUCUUGAAAUUUUUCCUACCGAUCUCAAACGAUAUAUGGACGCGUGUUCAUCUACGGAAAGAUUGACGCCGAAACUUAUCAAAAGCUAUACAUAUCAAAUUCUAUGUGGUAUCGAUUACCUUCAUCGUCAUGCUAUCAUUCAUCGAGAUAUAAAACCAUCGAAUAUUGUCAUUGAUGACGAAGGUCAUUUGAAAUUGGCUGAUUUUGGUCUUGCCCGACGUUGCCGUAUAUCGGAACGAACUUUAACUCAUGAAGUAGUUACUCUCUGGUAUCGUCCACCAGAAAUCUUACUGAAUGCGCCAACAUACGGAAUGCCGUUGGAUAUCUGGGGUGUUGGCUGCGUAUUUGCAGAAAUGUGUCUUCAUCGUCCGUUGUUUCGUGGCGAAUGUGAAAUCGAUCAAUUGAUUCUGAUUUUUCGAUUGCUCGGUACCCCAUCGGUAGUUGAAUGGCCUGAUAUCGCCAAUUGCCUUUAUUAUCAAACAAAUUUUCCUAAUUUUCCAUUGAAUGGAGUUGAACUGUCUCAUCUGCCAAUGCCAAAUCCCUGCCGACAACUUCUGGCGGAUACUCUUGUAUACAAUCCACAAUGUCGACCAACAGCCAAGUAUCUUCUCGAAAAUCAUCAAUACUUCAUUGACGAAUCACCUGUUAGUUGGGAGAAACCUUUGCGAUCGAUUAUCGAUCGAGCAGUCCGAUUACAAAUCGAAAACAUGAAACAUUUAGCGAUGUAA